AUGCACGGCGUCACAGACGAGACGUUCCUCCCGCAGAUUGUCGGCGUCUUCUACGCGACCUUUGACCCUGUCGCGGGCCCAACCGUUCUCCACCAAGUCCCCGAACACCUCAUCUCAAGCAGCACCACCGAGGAUGGAGCCCGCUCGCCAUCAGGUUCUCGAUCUAGGAGUAUGACCCGCGGCUCACUAAGCACCGACCGGGGCCGGGAGCUAUCGGGACCUCGAAUGGGGCGCAACACCUCUCCCUCACCAAUGCGCAUGUCCCACCCCCAACCCCGUUCUCCACGCGACCUAGCCGGGAGCCUAUCCUCCUCUGCCACCCUCUCUUCAGGCCCCGGAUCGAACGGUACGCCGAACCAUUCUUCUCCGCUGGCCAACACAAUCUCCACCUCUACCACCGCAACAUCCACCCCCGCCCCCACCCCCGCCCCCUCGGCCCAUGUGCGCGCAGGUACGCCUGCUCCCCGCCAACCCGCCCUCCUCGAAUUUGGACCCAUUAGCGAAUACGUCAUCCCCAAAAAGUCAUUGCAUGGAAAGCUGGUCACGUUCAGGACUGAUGGGGCUUGGGACGCCAUGGGGGACGAAAGUGACGACUCGUCCGACGACGGAGACCACAAGUACGAGUACAGAGUUAUUGGGCUUCCAAUGGUCCUCGAGGGUGAGGGGGGCAAGUAUCAGCGUAACCAGUAUAUCUGGAAUUUGUGCUUUGUGUUCCGCGCAAACGCUAGCUUGUCUGCUUUUGAGCCAGUCGUACGCAAGACGGCAAGGAUAUUACGCAGUGCUGAACUCGAUACGGGGUAUUUGAGUGCGCCGCAGGCACAUCAUACACCUAUUCCGGCUGUGCUCGAGCAGAUCUUUGAAGACCUCAACUCGUACUCGGAGACGAGCAUUCCGCUGGAUGGGUAUAACAGUCUCGAACUCAAGUUGUUCCCCCACUACCCCAACCCGCCCGAAUGCAACGACUGGGACGUCCCCCUCGCCCUCGUUGACCUCAAGUCCCUCCGUGACCCAAAUUGGGACAUCACAGCCUCGCGUGUCGUCGAUUACGUCGAUGGCAUAAAUCACUGCGCGCGCAUUGCACAGCUCGCCGACGCCGACCCUGCGCUCGUGCGCGAGACACUCCGUCAUAUGCUCUACUACCAGGUUAUCAUGACGAUUGACAUCUUCCAGUACUCGAACAUGUACAAAAUCAACUCGUCAUUUCCACGCCUGGUGGCGGAAGAGAGUGUCAUCGCUGAAUGUGGGACCUACGUCACCCGUCCAAAUUAUCCCGUCCUCGACUGGCCAGCCCUCGCAACCAUGUACGCCAAGCUCAUGUCGGGCACCACCGUGCAGAAGUGGUGCGAAGAGAACAGCGUCCUCGAUAAGGGCAUCGACCCGCGCCGCUUCGUCUCAUUCGGCAUCAUCAAGGGUUUCCUCACACGUGUGCACCGCUGGCCCAUAAUGGUAGACCGGGUUGGUCCCCUCCUCCUAGGCCAUGGGCUGGGCCUAACAGGCGCCGGAGGAGCUGGUUCGUCAUUAUUGGCACCCGACCCCUCGCGCCGCCGAGUAGGCUUCCACAACGACUCGAGAGAGAGCCGCGACUUCCGCAACGAUUCGACGAUCACACGCGCCCUGCAGGGCGGCGAGUCGCUGUUCACCCUCCGUUCAGGUGGCAGUGCCGCCAGCAUAACGGGUAUCUCGCCAGCCAGUGGGGCCCCGAACUCGCCACCACGCAAGUUGAACCAGGGCCGCUCACUCAGCAGCGCUCCCGACCACCCUAGCGUCUCGAGCCGACGCACAAACACGCUGCGCUCGGGUGGCGGCCUGAGUCAGCUCACAACAAGUGCUGGCGCCGGCGUAUCUCAGAUCUCGAGGCAUGUCCAGGGCAGGCUGUACGAGCUCGAAGACGAGCUCCUGGGCUACCUGGACGGACACCACAACACGGACGAGAUCCAGGUGCGCAUGGGCAUGAACUGGACACAACUUGAGAAGGUGCUGGGUCUGGAUGACAUUCGUGAUGGAAUAGGGAGAAAGGGGAUUGCAAUGGUCACCAAGUAG